CGCCUGGGGUUACUUUUGAAAACAACCCCGCUGCCAUGUGGCAUUCGUGUGAUAAUGACGCUAUAGACAAACGCGGGCAUGCUCGCCAGUGGCCGGUAAAUUUUUUUACCGAAAUGGACAUUUACACACUCGAUUUGGUUUUUGUGUUUAUCCUUGAUGUACACUGUGAGAUACACCAUCUCCAGUUUGUUUGCACUGUCUUCACCAAACCUGAUGGGUUCUCCGGUCGUGUGUUCAGUGCUGUGGGUCUGUAUGAUGACCGACAGAUCUCUCACUACAGCAGUGAAGAAGGAACGUGGAAAAGAGACGGUCUGAUUGGAGAAAUCUGGAGAAAUACUGAAGAACCUCUCGAUAUUAAAGUCUGGUUUCUACAUGAAGUUAACACUCUUGCAAACUGCACAAUCUCUACAUGUGAACGCCUCAUUACACUACAGAGGAGAAUCGGUUGUGAGGUGGAUAAACAUCCAGAUGGUUCAGUGAUAAAUGUGAAUGUGUUUGAUGAGUACAGAUAUGAUGGAGAGGAUUUCAUUGCCUUUAGUUAUGACACAAUUCAGUGGACUGAGAAAAGUCCAAAGGCUAAAGAAACCAAAUUGAUGUGGGACACUGACAGAUUUCACAAUAUGUAUCUCCACUCCUACCUCAAGAACUGCAUGGACUGGAUCUCCAGAUUGAAUGUUUCGAUCAGCACUUCUCCGGCUCUUCACAUGUUUACAAGCUCCUCGUGACCAAAGCAAGCUGAUUCUGACCUGUCUGGCCACUGGCUUCGACCCCAAACACAUAGACAUGAAGAUCACACUGAACCAGAUUGAACUCCAACCCUUCAGCUCUACAGGAGUCCGACCCAACGAUGAUCAGACCUUCCAGCUGAGAACCAGCGUGGAGAUAAACAGAGACGAGAAACAGAGUUAUGAGUGUCACGUCCUUCAUAACGGUCAGACACUUGAAACAAAAUGGGAUCUGGAAUCUAGACAUCAUUACUGGACAGCAGUAGCUGUAGGGAAUUGUGUGUUUGCAGUUCUAGUCAUCAUGUCUAUAACCUACAAAACCAGACGUUUAAAUGGGCAGAUGAACUGUAAUGGUUCAACCAGAAGUGAGAACAUCCAGCAUCAACAGAUCCCCUGACUGCAAGUGAUUAACAUGAGAACAGUGAAUGAGGAACACACUGGUGCAAAUUAUCUACUGUACAUGUCUUUAUCUCAUAUUCAUGUUCUUCAGUGAUGUAUCCUCUUGUAUAUUAUUGUAUAUACAUUAUUUACAUUCAUGUCAAUCACAAAUGAUGGACACAGAAAGAGGAGGUGCAAGGACAGGACAUGCACAAUUUGGUCAGACUGGCAAGAAUGCGUUUAAUGUGUUUACAUUCCUGUAUAUUUUGAUUAAAAUCAAGAUAUGCCACCUGUGUUUAUAUGAUUAUGCUUGCUGCGAUUAUGAGCUUAAUCGCAUUAUUAAGAUUGAAAAAUUUUGUCUGAAGUAAUGUUAAAUAGAAAUAUUUACAAAAUCAAAUUAUAAUCGUAAGAGGGUGCAUUUGAACAUGUUUACUUUGAGGCGUAGCCUUGUAGAAUGUAUUACGAAGGCCUCAAGAAGCAAGAUAAAGAUCUAAUGCCCCUGUAUGAGUUUUUGUCUUUUAUGGCAUCACUCGAGCAAGAGUUUGGCUUUCCUCGGCACGAUUGCACAUGUGAUAUUUAUUUUAUCAAUCUUAUUUUUAACUUAAGUGUUAUUUGCUUGGAUUUUUUUGUAGUGCUAGGAUUUGCAUUAGGGUUACGAUUAAAAAAAACAAACAAGAAAUUAUAACAAAAAAUGUAUUUUUACAUGAAAGUUUAUGAAAAAAGGGAAUGGCACAAUCUUUAUCUCCAUUUCUGUGUCUUAAUGCACGUUGAUGCUUUUGGUUCAUUUCGGUUCAAUAUGUUAAAUAAUAAAAUUUCACUAAUAUCCUAUCAUGUAAAAAA